GUGCAAGUGCACAAUAUUUAUUACUUAUCAGAUCCAUAGUUUUAAUGUAGGUGCAGCACAACUGGACAACAACAACAACAACAACAACAAACCAGUUGAUAAAUAUUCAGAUGCCUGCACAAAACGACUCAGUGCUACGGACGUCUUCCAA